AUGUCUGCAACUGUCGGAAAAGUCGCAAGUGCCGCUAGCAAGGCCGCUAGCAGUGCUGCCAGUAAGGGACCAGCCGGAGCAGGACAGUUGCACAAAGGUGCAAAGAGGGAUCCUGAGCUUUAUGUCCUCCUAGGCGUUAUGUCUGGUGCAUUCGGUCUUGCUGGUUUCUACUUUGGCCGAAAGCCAACUUCUGCCACAUCCGAGGCCAAUGUCGCGAUGGCACCAAACUCUAUGCCAUGGCAGCGCGAGACGACCGAUGGGGAUGAGGCUAGAGCAGAUUUCAAAUACAGCUACCACCCAGCUGGAAACCCAAAGAACCCUCCAAAGGAUGCUCCAAGUGCUCUUCACUCAGUCAUUGUACCAAAAGUCAAUUUGCCAAAGGAGCUUCACGAGAAAUACAACAAGUGGGGUAAGGAUGGAUACUAG